ACACUUUAUGCCGACAAGAACAACAUUAUGAGCAGCUUUUAAUUUUGUGAGAGAGAGAGAGAGAGAGAAAAGACUGUGUCCAUGAUGAUGGUCAGAUUUCUCACCAUUGGACAUAUCGGUACGGCGCAAUUCGAAAAAUGGCAAAUUCCAAGUAUGAUUUCCCUUGGAUUUAGUUGGUUUGGGGGUUUUCCGGAUCGCGUCACUAAAAAUGUGUUUUGUUAAAUGUCACACGAAUACAGAUAUGAAUACGUUCGCAACUUUGAACGAGACGAACAUUUAUUGCCAAACACUUGGAUCGUGGUCAGGAUUGACGGUAGAGGAUUUCACCGAUUCUCGGAUCAUUAUGGUUUCCAAAAACCCAACGACGUCCGAGCCCUCGACGUGAUGAACUCGGCGGCUCGACACGUGGUCAAGACCCUGCCGGACAUCGUGAUGGCCUACGGAGUCAGUGACGAGUACAGUUUCGUUUUCCACAAGUCGACCACGUUGUUCGAGAGGAGGAACGCCAAACUCGUGAGUACCGUGGUGAGUACCUUCACGGCGGCGUACGUCAUGUUUUGGCCCCGUGGUUUUUUUGUUUCCGCUGUAGAAACGGAAACGGAAAGGGAAAAGGGGGAGACCAAAGGAAAAAAGAAGGAGAUGGAACAACAACAAGAACAACAAGAACGUGACCUCGAUGUCGAAAUGAUUCCCACUUUUGAUGCGAGGGCGGUUUGUUACCCUUCAUGGGAGAAUUUGAGAGACUACCUAAGUUGGAGACAGGUUGAUUGUCAUAUCAACAACCUUUACAACACCACCUUUUGGGCUUUGGUUCAACGAGGUGGAAUGUCACAGACGGCGGCCGAGGAAUCCCUCAAGGGUACAUUGGCAAGUGAUAAGAAUGAGAUUCUUUGGUCCAGGUUUGGUAUCAACUACAACAAUGAACCAGAAAUGUUUCGUAAAGGGUCGGUGGUGUUUAGGGAGUACGCGUUAGAGACGACGACGACGAAAACAAACGCAGGAAAGACCGAGAAUGAGAAUCUACCAGAGGACGAGAAACCCGUGUCAGUGUCCAAGACACAAUUUGAAAAGAUGAGAAAAGCGAGACAAAAGGCCAAAAUUGUCACGGCUCACCUGGACAUCAUCAAGGAUGAUUUUUGGUUGGUAAGACCAUGGUUGAGGUCGGGGAAACCUGGAAGACCUGUUGAAUGAAUCGACGUCGAUGUCGGGCCUGUAGAGGAAGAGAGAGAGAGAUGAAUGUUGAAGAAAUUCAGACUUGCAAGAACCACAAAACAUGAAGAAAUACAGGUGGUGUUGGUGUUGUAAAGGGGUCAUUCCGAUUCAUUAAACUAUCCCUGCCCACAAAAAGAAAAUGGUAACAACCUGGGCAGGAUCAUUUGCGUCAACGCUCCAAAUGUCGUCAUGUAACCAAUCAAACAAGACAGUAGAUAUCCAGAGUGUAGAGAGUCAUGAGAGAAGAGACCCAAG